UAGAUGCAUUAUUAUAUUACUAAUAUGCCUAUAAGGGUAAGGGGGAAAAGAAAAGGAAUUAAGUUGAGCAAGCAUUCAUUCAUCAUUCAUGCUUGUUUUCAACCCCAUUCACUCACUUUAUCUCUUUCCUUCUCUAUUUCAGUAUUUGAUGUUACGCGCGCUCUUCUAAAACACGAACAAUGAAGUGAUUAAGUGAAGCCGCGCGUUGCUGAUUAUUUUCAUUGGAUCCUCUCAUUCUAACUGACAAUAACAAACCAACUCACUAUUUUUUCCCUCCAAACUUAAUAAUAACUGAAUCGUAACAAAUUCACAAUGUUGGAUCUCAAUCUCAACGCCGAUUCCGCUUUCGAUAACUACACUCUUCCACUCUCUGCCGCUCAGAUGGAAAGCUCCGGCAGCUUUGAUUCCUCCGUCGUCAACACUGCCGACACUGAAGAUUCCUGUUCUUACGGCGAUGCAUAUGCUUACAACUUCGCCAUACUCAACAACAACAGUACAAUCGACAACGCUACUAUCUCCGGUGAACUUCAACUCUCCACCGCCGGAGAAGCUGGUGUACGGACUAUUCAGCUUUUUCCGGCAAAUGAAACGGGAAUCUCGCCUUCCGAAAGUGAAGGAUGGUUGAAGUUCUCGUCGGAUCAUCACGGUGGUGUGCCGGAGCAGACUGUUGUUGCUCCACGACCACAGCAGGUGAAAAAGAGUCGUCGGGGACCGAGGUCAAGAAGUUCGCAGUAUCGUGGCGUUACUUUCUACCGGAGAACAGGAAGAUGGGAGUCGCAUAUUUGGGAUUGUGGGAAACAAGUGUACUUAGGUGGAUUUGACACUGCUCAUGCUGCAGCAAGGGCAUAUGAUCGAGCUGCAAUCAAGUUCCGUGGUGUUGAUGCGGAUAUCAAUUUCAACGUUAGCGAUUAUGAUGAUGAUAUAAAGCAGAUGAGUAACUUUACAAAGGAAGAGUUUGUGCAUAUUCUGCGUAGACAGAGCACUGGUUUCUCAAGAGGAAGCUCCAAAUACAGGGGAGUUACUCUGCAUAAAUGUGGGCGAUGGGAAGCUCGUAUGGGACAGUUUCUUGGGAAAAAAUAUAUAUAUCUUGGGCUGUUUGAUAGCGAACUAGACGCAGCAAGAGCGUAUGAUAAGGCUGCUAUAAAAUGCAAUGGAAGGGAAGCAGUAACUAAUUUUGAGGCCAGCUCUUAUGAAGGGGAGUUACUUUCCCAGUCUGAUAAUAAAGAUGGCAAGCGGAAUCUUGAUCUGAAUUUGGGUAUAGCUCCUCCUUCUAACUCUGAUGACCAAAUGAUGAACAUGCACCACAGCGGAAGUGGUUUACAAGUUCAGCGUAGCUGGGAUGAUAUGCCUGUUGAUAAGAGUGUUAUGUUUGAGGACUCUGGGUCAAUAUCACUUAAUGGUCAGCCAUCUUACGGCUUUUCCAUGCCAUCCAAUUUAUUUCCCAUGUGUAAGGAAAGAGCAAUAGAGAAUAGGAUGGAAGCUGCUUCAGUGCCAAAAUGGGCAUGGCAACUCCAAAGUCCUUAUAAUGGGUCAACUUUGAUUCCACCUUUCUCUGCUGCUGCAGCAUCAUCAGGAUUCCCUUCACCAACUACAGUACCAUCAUCAGCUGCGGAUAGUCAAAUUCAUUAUCCAAACAUGACCUUCCUCCACCCUCAUUUUCCUCCUCCAAUGACUAACUCCACCAACAUAUCCCCUUUCUACUGCAGGAGCUGAAGCCCAGCUCCUAGAUUAAAGCUACAAGUCUAGUCUUUGUAUUGGAAGGUUAGGAAUGUGAUUUGACAAAUUAACUUUGUAGGGACUUAAAGUAGGAAUUGAAUUGCUAGCUUUCACCAUUUGUUCUUUUUAAUAUACAGUACCUAUUUUCUUCCGUGUAAAAAAUUGCCCUGCCGCCAAGGCAUGGAAACUCUAUGCUUUCGCUGUUAUGUGACAAUUCUAAUGAGGAAAGUAUUUCCUUUGGUAUCAUCUUUCA